CCUUGAUUAAAUCUAUUUAGCUGAGCAGUCUGCUCUUUUCCAAUAUUGUAGUCCCUCUUUGCCUCCAUACGCUUGAUUCUUGCUACACAUUUUAGAAGGCUACUGAUGUCUUUCUUAAGAGAGCUAACUGUUUUACCAUCAUCACUUUUAUCACAAAGCUCUAUUUGCUCAUGGCCAUGGUUAAAUAAACUAGCUCUAGGCUUUUUAAACUUAGAAAAAGUAGUUCUUUCAGGACUUUUCUCAGUUUGAAGCCAGUUGCUGAAUCAAGUACCCCCUAGCUUGCUAAUGCUAGGCUCUUUCUUACUGCUCAGGGAUUUCACUUCCAUAUUCUCAAAGAUCUUGCUUGAACUUCUCACCUUACAAGAGGAGACUUCUUCAUCAAGAAAUUCUUCUGAAAGAUUUUCUUCGAACUGUACUUUUCCCAAAUAGUUCAUGCUGAAAAUAAUAUUU